AUGACCGAACCCCGCGCCCGCCCACGCCCAAAAGACCGCACCAACUUCUCCGACCCCGACUUGCGCGGCCUCCUCUACGCCUUCGGCGACGUUUCCUCCGGCUCUCUACCAGAGACCAUCCGCGUUCUAGACGAGAUUCUCACAGACUUCAUCAUCGAGUCCUGCCACAUCGCCGCUACCUCCGCAUCCUACUCACGCCGUCAAAAGAUAAAACAAGACGAUUUCCGCUGGGUGUUGCGACACAAUGGACAGAUGCUGGGACGUGUGAAUGAGCAGUUGGCACGUGAGAAGGUGCUGAAGAUGCAGAGGAAGGCGAUUGAUUUUGAUGGAAUGGCUGGCAAGGAGAAUGCAGCGGAUCUAGCAGAUUUGGCAGAGGUCGGUGGAGCGGAGGAGGAGCUCAAGAAGAAGGGCCGUGGUCGUGGGCGGAGAAAGAGGAAGGCUGAUGGCGACGCGGAAGGUGAUGCGACGGACGCGAAGAAGGUCAAGAAGUCGGUUGCAUAG